UAAGACGCGAGGUGAUUGGCUGAUUUGGAGAAGAUAUUUGCGCGGAGGUUUGAAAAGGCUUUUUGAAAAAAAUCGUCGACGACUACAUCAAUCCAAAGAAGAAGGAGGCGACGACAACUCGACAAGAGUUGCAUUCGAAGAAAGGCCAAACAGCAGUUAUGGCUCCCUCAAAAAAAAACCGCAGGCAAAACAAUGUCAAGAAUGCCAAACUCGAAGUAUUUCUGGAGGAUUUUGACAGCGAGGUCAAGACAAUACUUGAUCAAAUGCAGGAGAAGGAGAAGCAGCUGCUGAAAGAUAUUGACAACCACUACAAUAUGACCAUCAUCAAUCUCCCAAAGGCUGUCAGGCAAAUGAAUUGGUUGGAAAUUUUCAGGACUGAGAAGGCCAAAUCUCCGCCAGUGGACGAAGCAAAGAGAGAAGCGGAGGCAGCCAUUGUGGAGAAUGUCGUAGCCGAGGACCAUGCAGCCAAGACCCCCGCCCGGAAAUUUAAAAAGAAAAAGGGUGCAGCUAAAGACGAGGAAAACAACCCAAGGACUUCGAGGAAGGGCAAAACUACAAGGAAACCACCAACUACGUCAAAACGAGCAAAGGCUGUGUCCAUCUGCCAGCAGAACACCACCAUUAAAAGAUCAUCAAGGCUGGCCUUGGUCACCCCCAUUAGGACACAGCUUGAUGCAUCAAAUCUGAUGGGCCCAACUCCCCUUGUCACGCCACGCUUUGACCCAAGGCUGCCUAUGACCCCCGCUGUGAGAAUCCCUCGCCACAAGGAGAGAAUCUACAGCAUUUCAGUCAACGGCUCGCCAAUCGCGGCACCCAGCCAGGAAGUUGUCAUAAACGUCCCGCUCGGCAACGGAGAGACGAUGCCGCUGCUGGCGAGUCAGAUGGACUCGCUGGACCUUUCCUUGCUGGAUGAAAGCGCCAUGAAGAGCAUUCGCCAUUUGGUGACUCGAGUCACAUCACUGAGUCAAGCAUUCAACUGACCAAGAUCGCUCCUUGAUUUGAGUACCUUUUUUUAAAUUUUUAUAAUUUUUUGGAAAAUGUUGUCAAAAUAAGGACUUUCACUUUUCUUUAAACCUCACCCAUAGAGGCACUCUGCUUGUGAUCAACUCAUUUUAAUUCCAUUUUAGGAUUUUGUGUUCUGCAUUGGAUUUUAAGGUUCAUUAUCUUAAACUGUGUGUUUUUCUGCUGCUUUUGGAUGUUGGUUGUAUGUGCUCUCUUACUUAUGUACAUAAAAAAAGAUAAAAAAAUUCAACUUAAAAAAUGUGUUUAUUAAAACUUGUGUCCAUGCAAGAA